CAGGCGUGAGUGUUCCGGGCUUUUCUGUGUUGUUCUCUAUUCUGUCUGGCUGGCAAGUACACGAGAGAUACCUUUUCUAGCACCCCGAGAGACCAGCACACCUGACAGCAGGUGGGAUCCAAGGAAGGUGUGUGCCUGCAUUCAAGCCAAGGUGAAGAAGGGGGUGAACAUCUUGGGCGCUCAGACCAGCGAGCCCCGGCAGUGGGACGUCAAGCAGGAGACGGGCAGCGGCGGGAAGCACACCACCGCCACCCUGCUGUGCCAGCGCCGGGCGCCCAGUGCGCGCAACAGAAGCAGCAGCUGGUUCAGCGAGGUCGUGCAGAUGAACUUCGAAAUAGCCAGCUUCAGCAGCCUCUCGGGGACGCAGCCCAUCACCUGGCAGGUGGAGUACCCCCGGACGGCGACCACCGACACGGCCGUGUCCGAGAUCUUCAUCAGCCAGAAGGACCUGGCGGCCAUCGUCCCCCUGGCCACGGACACUGAGAUUCUCAACACCGCCAUACUCACAGGAAAGACCGUAGCCCUGCCCAUCAAGGUGGUCUCUGUGGAGGAGAACAGUGCCGUGACGGAUAUCUCAGAGCUGGUGGAGUGCAAGUCCGCAGACGAGGAUGUCCUCAAGGUAUCUGACGGCUGUGAUUACGUCUUUGUCAACGGCAAAGAGAUAAAGGGCAAGGUGGACGCGGUGGUGAACUUCACCUACCAGCACCUGAGUGCCCCCCUGCACAUCACCGUGUGGGUGCCCCGACUGCCCCUGCAGAUUGAUGUCUCUGACACCGAGCUGAGCCAGAUUAAAGGCUGGAGGGUCCCCAUUGUGGCCAGUAAGAGGCCCACGCGGGAGAGCGAGGAUGAAGACGAUGAGGAGCGGCGGGGCCGGGGCUGUGCCCUGAAGUACCAGCAUGCCACGGUGCGGGUCCUCACCCAGUUCGUGGCCGAGGGCGCCGGCCCGUGGGGCCAGCCCAGCCACCUGCUCGGCCCCGACUGGCAGGUGGACAUCACCCACCUGGUCUCGGACUUCAUGAAUCUGGAGGAACCUCACGUGGCCACACUGCAGGACAGCAGGGUCCUGGUCGGGCGGGAGGUCGGGAUGACCACCAUCCAGGUAUUGUCCCCGCUGUCAGACUCCAUCCUGGCAGAGAAAACGGUCACCGUGUUAGAUGACAAAGUGUCAGUGACAGACUUGGCCAUCCAGCUGGUGGCUGGGCUGUCCGUCACCCUCCACCCCAGCACGGAGGACAGCAAGGCCAUCACGGCUGUGGCCACAGCUCAGGAGCUGCUUCGGACUCCCAAGCAGGAAGCCGUGGUCAGCACGUGGCUUCAGCUCAGCGACGGCUCGGUGACGCCCCUCGACAUCUACGACACCAGGGACUUCAGCCUGACCGCCGCCUCCCUGGACGAGGCCGUCGUGUCCGUGCCCCGGGCCCGCUCUCCCAGGUGGCCGGUUGUGAUGGCCGAGGGGGAAGGCCAGGGGCCGCUGGUCCGAGUGGACAUGACCAUCGCAGAGGCCUGCCAGAAGUCGAAGCGCAAGAGCGUCCUGGCCGUGGGCGUGGGCAGCGUCAGGGUCAAGUUCGGCCAGAAGGACGCCGACUCCGGCCCCGGCGGGGGCGGCGACGAGGGCGAGAUCAAGAACCACGCCAGCGACCGCCGGCAGAAGGUUCAGGAGCCCGAGGGGCCCCCGCCCGGCGGCUCCUCCGUGGAGCGCGAGGAAGGCGCCCCCCGCAGAGGCGGCACGACGGCCCGGCCGCUGCCGGACAACAGGGCGGUGAAGAGCAGCCGGCCGCACGCGGGCAGGCCGUCCGGAGAGGGCCGGCUGCAGAACAUCCCCCUGGACUUCACCAACUUCCCGGCCCGGGUGGACCUGCCCCGUGCGGGGGGCGGGCUGGGGGCCAGCGACCUGCUGCAGACCGCGAGGGGCCUGAGCGACCUGGAGAUCGGCAUGUAUGCCCUGCUGGGCGUCUUCUGCCUGGCCAUCCUCGUCUUCCUCAUCAACUGCGCCACGUUCGCCCUCAAGUACCGGCACAAGGAGGUGCCCCCGGAAGGCCAGGCCUCCGUCACCCACUCGCACGACUGGGUGUGGCUGGGCAACGAGGCCGAGCUCCUGGAGCACGCGGGCGAGGGGUCCCCACCGCAGGACGAGCACACGACCGUCCUGGACCGCGGGCCGGGCGGCAGUGAGGAGAGCGGCUGUCCGUUGCUCGACGGCGGAGCCCGGCAGCACGUGCAGGGCCGGGGGCACGGGCCGGACUCGGGGGGCAGGCAGGCCAGGGACCCGAAGCCCGAGCCCCUGCACUCGCCCACCUCCAAGAGGAAGAAGGUGAAGUUCACCACCUUCACCACCAUCCCGCCAGACAACGGCUGCCCCGGCGUGAACCCCAUCCUCGGUGGCGGGGGCGAGGACAUCAAGUGGGUAUGCCAGGACGUGGCCGCGGGCGCCCCCGAGGAGCUCAGAAACUACCUGGAGAAGUUCAAGGAACAGGCGUAGGCCCCUCCGGCCGGCGGCCCUGCACCCCGCCCCUCGCGGGGCUCGGAGUGGGUCUGGCUCCGGCGUCGGGUGGGAUCCGGGAGGGCCCGGCGUGGAGCGGGGGACGCACCCCCGCCGUCAGGCUGUGCGAGUCCCGGAGCCUCCGCGAGGGGCCGCGUGUCUUUUGUAGCAAGGAUUCUGUAGCAGUCGAUGAU